AUGUCAGUUAACGCUACUUCCAAAUUCGAGAAUCUCAGGCAGAAACAUGACUUUCUGUUCGUAAUCUAUUAUCGUGGCCACUGGUGCCCGUUCUGCAUGGCAUACCUGCGCGUUUUACAAGACCUUAGCCCGACUAUCACAGCGGCUGGGGGCUGCCCAGUGAUUGUGUCUGCGCAAGACGAGGAGCAUCUUGCUGAAGUCCGAUCUUCUAGUGGAUAUACCGGCGAGGCAAUCAACGAUCCAGAGAACACCCUGGCUAAGCGCUUGGCAGCCGACGGUAUCAUCAAUGUCGCAAUUACUGAGUGGCAAGGAUAUCCACAUGGCCUAGCCCAGCCUGCAAUUCUGGUAAUUAAGAAAGAUGGAAGCGUCGUGGAAACUUGGGCCAUUGUUCCCUCCGAGGUAUGA